GCUAUGUCAUUUCUUUGACAAUUAUGGUAAUCGGUGAUUGUUCUGACAAGAAUCAUUUUUCUGACAAUUAUCUAGUACCCAAAGUUGUUGAGAAAACAAUUGUCAAGCAAUGUAUCGAUAUCAUUAUUAUUAGAUUAAAUAAUGAAGCUUAUAGAAUAAGUAAACAACUUAAACAGAUUCGAAGUUUGCGCAAAUGCGAACAACUAAAAGUGUUGCACAAAAUUAAAAAUAAUCCCAGCACUAUGCUUAAUCACAUAAUUCCAGUUUUUGUGCAACUAAAUGAUAAUGAUUUUAAUAGUGCAAUAAAACAAAUUUAUCAACAAAUAUUCGAUGCAUCUACUCUCUUUCAAACAAUGACUUAUUCUCGGGGAAUUCAUAAAGGAAAAAUAAUUUCCACACAUCUGCAAAAAAAGGCUCUCAAGUUUGUUGAUUCUGGUCUCUACAAACAUCACUACACUAUUAAUACAUUAGAAUCAAGAUCUAAAUUUUUUAAAAAAGAAAUUCGCCAGUUUGAAAAAAAUAGAUUAUCCUUGAAUACUAAAGUUCACUCACUUUCAAUGCAAUUAGUAAAAGCAAAACAAUCAAAAAAAAAACAAAUUUCAAAAAUUCAAGCUGCAAUUCAAAAAGCAAAGCAAAUUAAACCCACUCAAUUUCGAAAUGCUGUUAAAGAGCUAAACUAUCUAGACUUCUUUGAAGAAUUUAAGGCUUUUGCAAAUUCUAAUAUAAUGGAGCUAGAAAAAUUUCUUCUUGUAUAUAAAUUUCUUAAGUUUCAUAUUUGGAAUAUCAUAAUACAUCAACAACAGUUAGAGGGUCUAUUCAAUCAUUAUGAUAUGAAAAUUCAUCCAAAUAUGAAUAUUCAUUUGCAAAAAUCCCGAAUUCAGCUUAGUGGAUUGGAUGGUAGAAUUCAAGAAAUUUCUUAG